AUGCCACAGCACAGAGGCGACGGGGACAGGUCAUCCGACGAGGACCUGGACGGGGACUCCGGGGACGUGGACCUGCCGGCGAACAGAGAUGACUUCAGGGUGUCGUGUGCAAAGGAGAUGGCUCUGCUGGCUCUGAUGGAGAAGACGGGAUACAACAUGGUGCAGGAGAACGGCCAGAGGAAGUACGGCGGCCCGCCGCCAGGUUGGGAGGGGCCGGCGCCGCCGCGGGGCUGCGAGGUCUUCGUGGGGAAGAUCCCCAGAGACAUGUUCGAGGACGAGCUGGUGCCGCUGUUCGAGAAGGCCGGCAAGAUCUACGAGUUCCGCCUCAUGAUGGAGUUCAGCGGAGAGAACCGCGGCUACGCCUUCGUCAUGUACACCAACAGAGAAGCGGCUCAGCGGGCCAUCCAGAUGCUGGACAACUGUGAGGUCCGACCCGGGAAGUUCAUCGGCGUCUGCGUGAGUCUGGACAACUGCCGCCUCUUCAUCGGCUCCAUCCCCAAAGACAAGAAGAAGGAGGAGAUCAUGGAGGAGAUGAAGAAGGUGACGGACGGCGUGGUGGACGUCAUCGUCUACCCCAGCUCUAUGGAUAAGAGCCGCAACCGAGGCUUCGCCUUCGUGGAGUACGAGUCCCACAAGGCGGCUGCCAUGGCCCGCAGGACGCUCAUACCCGGAACCUUCCAGCUGUGGGGCCACUCCAUCCAGGUGGACUGGGCGGAGCCGGAGAAGGAUGUGGAUGAGGAGGUGAUGCAACGUGUUCGGGUCCUCUACGUGCGUAACCUGAUGAUGGACACGACGGAGGAAACGCUCCACCGGGAGUUCUCCAGCUUCAAACCCGGCUCCGUGGAGCGCGUCAAGAAGCUCACCGACUACGCCUUCAUCCACUACCGCAGCCGCAGCGACGCCAUCGCCGCCCUCACCCUGAUGAACGGCGCCCAGAUCGACGGCGCCACCGUGGAGGUCACCCUGGCCAAGCCGGCCGGGAUCAAGGACGGGAGCGCCGCCGGGCGGAGGUACAACACCAGGGGUUACCUGGGAAACACGGCCGCGGGGGGCAUCGGCGACGGCCACUGCUCGCUCAGAGCCACGCCCCUGCAGACUCGCUUGGGAAACCCCUAUUACAACGGAGGAGAGGACCCGGAGCGCUUCAUGUUCCCCCUGCUGCCCUGCACCCCCCUGACGCCCAUCAGUCUGCUCGCCCUGAAGCAGAGCCAGAUCGGCUCGGCCGUCAGCCUGCUGGAGUACCACUGCCACAAGAACUGCUGGUCUCCACCCGAGUACCACCUGUACUCCACCCCAGGACAGGACGGGAAACUGCUGCUCAUCUACAAGGUGGUGCUGCCGUCCACGCGAGCCACCUACAUCCCUGAUAAGCUGUGUGUGCUGCUGGACGACGCCAAGGAGCUGGCUGCCCAGACCACACUGUGGAACCUGGAUUCGUCCAUCCUGACCGGAGCUUCCUUUGAUUCUCCCAGCAGCCUCUCUCCGCCGCUCGCCAUGUCGCCGUCCGACUGCAGCCCCAGCCUCCUGAGCUGCGGCGGCCGCACCUUCACGCCCUGCCUGCCCGCUCCUCCUCCUCCGCCGCCGUCACCCUUCCCCAUCUCCCCCCUGCCCUCUCUCUCCGCCUUCUCCCCCGCUGCGUCCCAAGCCCAGCGGCUCUACUUCAACUCCCAGUCUCCGUUCUACUGACGGGAGUCGUUUGUCGCCCAGGGAGCGAGCUGCGUCCCCGGAGGAAGAGGAGGGUGAGGAAGGCAGGCAGCAGUGUGUCCAUGCAGGUUUCCAGC